AUGGAGGCACGGAACUUCAAAUGGGGUAGCGUCUACGAAUACUUCUUGAACAUCUGGCAGGUGUCGGCGGAUGUUGCAGGUGAGGAUGGUGACGUAGACCGGCAGGAAUAUUUCGAUGUUGCAUUGGCCGCCAUUUUUGACGAUAAUACAGACUUCUUCGAGGAGUGCUUUCCUGGAUUUAUCUUCACAGUCUUUCAGGUUUUCUUUCACAGUUCCGCUGUCACCGCCAAUGCGGUAGAGUACUUCCGUUUUGCCGGCCGCGCCUGCAAUUUCGCACGUCGCAUGUGGAGUUGGAAACCUGCGAAAGCGGAGUCAAGAGCAUCAUCCGUGUGGUCUCGAGUGAGUACUUCGGUGUCUGAAGGUUGGCAUUUCCUAAGUUGGCAGUACCAGCUGUCUAUCCAACAGAUGGCCGUGACCGUGGAUCUCUUCCGGCCGGUCUUUGUGGACGAGACGUCCACCUUUGCCUCGUUGUUUGGGCCUGGACGAGGUGGACGUCAGAGGAAUCAGCAGCAGAUCUUGCAACCGGAGGACCUUCCGGCUGUCAGCAAACUGAUUUGCUUGGAAUAUUUCUGUGAACCAAAGACGGAACUCUUCCACUCCAUCCUGGCAUCUGGAAUCCUACCAUACUUGGGCGCCCUGGCCAUCCAUUCAUCUGAUGAAGUACUGAGUCGCGUCCAGCAGCGGGUGGAGAUUCCAGUCUACCGGAGCUGCAAGGAAUCUGAUUUGCCAUACAUUUUGGGACCUGCAGAUGAUUGGCGAUGA